AUGGCCGCCGCCACGUGCACGCGCUUCACCGACGAGUAUCAGCUGUACGAGGAACUCGGCAAGGGAGCCUUUUCAGUGGUGCGUCGCUGCGUCAAAGUGUGCUCGGGCCAAGAGUACGCCGCCAAGAUCAUCAACACCAAGAAACUCUCGGCCAGAGAUCACCAGAAGCUGGAACGAGAGGCUCGCAUCUGCCGCCUGCUCAAACACUCCAACAUCGUCCGUCUCCAUGACAGCAUCUCGGAGGAGGGCUUCCACUACCUCCUUUUUGAUCUUGUGACAGGAGGCGAGCUCUUUGAGGACAUCGUGGCAAGGGAGUACUACAGCGAGGCAGACGCCAGCCAUUGCAUCCAGCAGAUCCUGGAGGCGGUGCUUCACUGCCAUCAGAUGGGUGUGGUCCACCGAGACCUCAAGCCAGAGAACCUGCUCUUGGCCAGCAAGUGCAAGAACGCAGCGGUGAAGCUGGCAGACUUCGGACUGGCAAUCGAGGUCCAAGGAGACCAGCAGGCCUGGUUCGGCUUUGCGGGAACCCCCGGGUAUUUGUCUCCUGAGGUCCUGAGGAAGGAAGCCUACGGGAAGCCAGUGGACAUCUGGGCUUGCGGUGUGAUCCUGUACAUCCUCCUGGUGGGCUACCCUCCCUUCUGGGAUGAAGACCAGCACAAACUCUACCAACAGAUCAAAGCGGGAGCCUAUGACUUCCCGUCUCCAGAGUGGGACACAGUGACACCUGAAGCCAAAAACCUCAUCAACCAGAUGCUGACCAUCCACCCGGCCAAGAGGAUCACGGCCCAGGAGGCCCUCAAGCACCCGUGGGUCUGCCAACGUUCCACAGUGGCGUCCAUGAUGCACAGGCAGGAGACGGUGGAGUGCUUGAAGAAGUUCAACGCCCGCAGGAAGCUAAAGGGCGCCAUCUUGACCACCAUGCUGGUGUCCAGGAACUUCUCUGUGGGUCGUCAGACGACGGCACCGGCGUCUGUCAGCGGUGUGACGGGAAGCGGAGGUGGCAUCGCAGAACAAGCGGCCAAGAGCCUCCUCAACAAGAAGGUCGACGUCAAGCCAAGCAACAGCAGCAGCAGGAACAACAACAACACAAACACCAAAGUCAACAACUCGGUGACGUCUGCUGCACUGGAGCCUCAGACUACCGUAAUCCAUAAUCCGGUAGACGGGAUCAAGGAAUCGUCAGACAGCAGCAACGCGACCAUCGAGGAUGAAGAUGUAAAAGCUCGCAAGCAGGAGAUCAUCAAGAUCACGGAGCAGCUGAUUGAAGCCGUCAAUAAUGGCGACUUUGAGGCCUACGCGAAGAUUUGUGACCCGGGCCUGACAUCCUUCGAACCCGAGGGUUUGGGGAAUCUGGUGGAGGGGAUGGACUUUCAUCGCUUCUACUUUGACAACUUGUUGUCGAAGAACACCAAGCCCAUCCACACCACCAUCCUCAACCCACACGUCCACAUGAUGGGUGAUGAUGCGGCGUGCAUGGCCUACAUCCGCCUGACGCAGUUCGUGGACGCCGGCGGUCGUCCACGCUCAAGCCAAUCGGAGGAGACCAGGGUGUGGCAGCGUCGCGAUGGACGCUGGCAGAAUAUUCACUUUCACUGCUCAGGAGCUCAAGCCGCACCGCUGCGGGCCUGA